UUUCACCUACAUCACAAUUUCGUAUUAUAAAAUACACUCUCGAGCCCCUCGAGCCGACCAAUGAGAUUAUACCAAGUGGACGAAGUUACAUGACGUGAGAAUUUCCACGUUGGAAGUAAGAGGAAGUGUGAAGUGGCCUGUUUAAUACGUUUGCAAACAUGUAUUGAAUUUGUGACCGUUGCUUUGAAUAGAAGGAUAUCAGCAUUCUGAAACGAACCUGUUCGUAUUUAUUUUUAUCAGCAAAGACAGUUACAUAUAUACUUCACGGUGUUUUAUCAUCAUUGGAAUUUUACUCGUGAGAUUAGCACUUUUUGCUUUUCCACACAUUUAUGGGAAAUAUACAGAGGUAUGAGUUCGUACUCUGUUAAAGAAAUGUCAGAGUACCAUGUGUGAUGUGGUACGACAACAGACAGUAAUUUCAGUAUUACAUGUGAUUGUGUGGAGGUUGCGGGUCGGCUCUUAGGCUUAUGUAACCAACAUAGGGUUACCGUUUUAAACCGGUCAGUACCUUUUGCUGAAGAAACGGGACAGUGUCAAUGUCGACCGACCUAAGUAUGAUGGAUUUUCUCUUUGAGAGAGAAGAUCCUGUUCUCAACCUGACAGAUAAAGAUUUAAUAUAUAAAAGUGAUCAGAAAGACGUUGAAGGAAUUGGUGUAGAAACCUGGUCAUCAAAUCCAGAUGACUUCUUGGAGUCAAUUCUAAAAUUCGAUGACCAACCUUUUGAAAUAUUGGACGAUGGUGUGCUUCUGUCUCCUGCAAGUAUAAUGGAAACAGAAGAUGUAACUGCACCAGCAAGUAGUUAUGACAGUGGUGUUUCAAGUGACCAGCAGUUGUCACCCAUGUUUCCUGAGGUUGAAGAAGAAAAUAUAGAUCUUCUGUCUUCUUUGUCUAGUGGCAGUGAAAGUAAUCCACUGGAGGCUUCAUAUGUAUGUGGUGACCAGGAGAGCUCAGUACAAGAAGAUAUUGAGGUCGACUCUUCUGUUUUUGAUAUUCUGAACACAGAUGGUCUUGGUGAGGUCAGAGUGGAAGACAACCAAGCCAUCAUUAGCAUGAAUGUGUUGCCUCCAAUGCAGCAAGCUGUCCAAAACCGCCAUCUCAUAACCAGCAGUCCUUUGAGGCAGUUAAUUCGCAUCACACCAGUGUCUGGCAAUCCCCGGUCUAUUCUUUUGCCAGUAAGACUCAAGGAAGUGAAGGAUAUCAAAACUAUUAAAAUCAUUAAUGCAUCUAGCCAAAAUGUUACAAGAAAACAGCAGUCUCUAAGAGGAAUGCGUGUUACAACUGGUAGCAGAGCAACUCUGCAAACCAAACCAGUUCUUGUCAAGAGUAAUGCUUCGCAAGAUGAUCUUAGCAGCAUCGAAAGUAUGUCAGAAGAAAUGGGUGAUGAUUCAAAUUCACACUAUCCAAGACUUCAGUUAACAUCUGAAGAGAAGCGACUUCUUCAGAAAGAGGGUGUCAGACUGCCUUCUCAUUAUCCUCUUACAAAGGAUGAAGAGCGUGAGCUUAAACGGAUUAGAAGAAAAAUCCGAAAUAAGAUCUCAGCACAGGAUUCACGCAAGAGAAAAAAAGAAUACAUAGAUGGAUUGGAAGAGAGGGUAAAGCAUUGCACUGAGGAGAAUCUGCACCUAGUAAAACGUGUGAAAGCUCUGCAGACAGAAAACCAAACACUAGCAGCACAGGUGAAAAAACUCCAGGCUGUGUUGUCCCAUGGAGCAGCAAACACAGCACAACCUGCUACUUGCCUUAUGGUGCUUCUCCUUUCCAUGGCCUUCAUUAUAGCACCCAAUUUACGGCUGAAUCAGAGCUCAUCCUCCAACUAUGAUGGCCAGAAGGAUCAAGACCUCUCACAGCCAGAAAACAAAAUGGCACCUCUUGCAGGUCGGUCAAGAAACUUGCUGGAAUUCCCUGAGUCUAGGGUCUCUGAAGAUGGGACUUUCAGCAGUUCUGAUCAGGAUGAUGCAGCCAAGUUCAUAUCUGAUAUGGCUCAACUUCUGCAGUUCAGUAAUCCGCUGGUGGUUGACCAUGAUUAUGAGCCACCAAUCAAGCGUUCUCAUAUAAAAGAAAAACCAGAGGAUAUCACGUCAUCACUGCUGUAUGCAGAUAAAAACUACAUUGUACCACCACCAGAUGAAAUCUGGCCACCUCCAGCACCUGAAGAUGGUCAUAUCAGGAACAUGCUUGAGAAGGAACUGGGAGAGCAGAUGACGGUUAAUAUUUCAGAUUCUGGUGGAACAAGAACAGUGGUGCUUCAGGUACCUAAAGAACAGUAGAUAUGUGUGUCCAAAGCAACGCAUCUUAUUUCAGUGAGGAAACUGAUACCAACUUAAUGUUUUCUUGUUGAAUUUUGGUGAUUGUAGUUGUUGCAGUAAAGUUAUCAUCUCCCUGAUGUUCAUGUGUACAUAUUUAUAGUAUAUCCAUGGUUUUAAAAUUUUCUUGUGUAAGUGCACCACUAUAUACAUGUUUCAUACUGUUAAAUUUGUGAUUUUCUUCGAGCUUAAUAAUAAAGGCUUUUCCUGCAGUUCUUUCUGUA